CAUGUUAAGUUUUUACAUUUCAUAUGAUUUUAUUAUUUUUCAUUACUGUUUCCAAAGAAAAGCAAGAGCACGAUUCUUUGAAUAGUUAGAAUCUAAUCUUAACUUGAUUACUUUAAUGUACAAUACAUGGUUUUGAGUGUCUGCUGGUUGUUGUCACUUAAUCGGCACAAAAAAACCAACAAAAUUCAUUGAUUAAAGAAAAGGUUAACUUUAAAAGUUUAACAUGAUACAAUCAGUUAAAUACACUUCCUGUGUUAUAAAUUCCACGUUUCGGAACUCAAUAAGACUGCGACACAAAUUAAAUAAAGCUAAAGACGAAAAACCACCUCCGAAAGUUGCCCAAGAUGUCAUGAACUACAUUGAAAAUACUCCUGAAUAUGCUGGUAUUAAAAAUCAGAUACCGAAGUUUCUUUUAAGGAAAUACAAGGCUCCUGAGAGUAUGUACCUUAUAAAUGAAGGCACUGCUAAAGAAAUCGUUCAGGCUGUAGAGAAAAACCUGAUUAUACACUCUCCUAUAGUUGAAGUCAAUCCAGGAUUGGGAAUUUUGACUAAGGUAUUACUACAGUGCCAAAAAAGUAAUCUGUACAUGUAUGAAACUUCUAGUCAUUUUUCUCAAUAUCUAAAAGAGUUAGAAUCAAAUUAUCCUGAACGAGUGAAAUUAAAAAUAGCUGAUUUUUUUGGGAUGUGGAAGCUUGCGUUUCAAGAUAAGAUGGACCAAGGGAACAGAAUUCAAGAGUUAUUGGGUGAUUUGGCAACUGAUGAUCCUGAUAGAGUGGUUACAAUAGUGGGAUCAAUGCCUAGCCUGUCUUUUGUCAAACAUCUAAUAAACACCAUAGUGUUCCACAAGACUACUAGCCAUCUAGGCAGACCGGACCUUUUCAUCACUAUGCCUGGACAUCACUAUGAAUUCCUAACGGACAAUGAGAUACAAAAUAGAAAGCAUAUGGCAGUACCAACUCUGUUUCAGCUUCUAUUUGAUUUCAAAAUACUUGCAAAUGUACCAAAAGUGCAUUUCCUACCAUGGACACAUCCCACAACCAACAAGAGGGUUACGCUGAUGGAUGAACAUCGCUUAUACUUGGUGAAUAUCUCCCAAAAACGAGAGCUGCCAGUUCCACCUGAGUAUUUGCCUCUGCUAUGGUAUUUUUUCAAGCCUCACAUGUUAUCCAAGUCUACAAGGGUGAUUCCAAUGUUAGAACAAUGGAUACCUGGUUGCGGCGUGUGGCUGAUCACGGGGCAGGAGCCGCCCGACAGCGACCGGCGGCUGGCGCCGGGCGCCGCCGACGCGCCGCUGCCGCACAUGACCAUAUUCACCGAGUUCGGAGACCUCAAUCUGAAGCAGAAAGUAACUGUCUUUAAAAAAUUAAUAUCAUGGCCGGAAUUCAAGCAAUGCCCAUUCCGGGUAUCCAUGGAGAAUAAUCUACCAAAGUUCGUGACCGCAGUUGAAGAUGACGAGAAAACCAGUAUAGGCACGCCCAUAGACGAUAUUGAAAGUUCAGAUACCGAAAACGAGACCUGAUUGAAUUUAAGCUUGUUGCACCGAACAUGCCCGUUAUCUUAAUAUGGUAUAUUCCAGGGAUCGUUCAAUUCUUUAGAAAAAGAGCCAAACACAGCAAAAAUCACUAACCCCCUAAUUCAUAAACGUGUACUAAAGUUACGAUGCCGCUGAUCAUCGUUUGUCCCUUUCCAUCAUACCAAUACGUCGGAAAGGGAUAAUAUGUAACUCAAAGAGUCACAAGUGUUGUUUUCAGUGGUCCAAGAACUUUCUUAGUGUUAUUUUUCUGUGUGGCUUAAAGAGCCCCAAUUUGUACCUUCAAACGAGCCGCGGUUUGCCGACCCCUGGUCUAUUCGAACAAAAAUGACGCUCACCACGAGGAAUGCCUGUUCCUAUCUUUAUCACCCGCGCGUAAUUAUAUUGCCCGCCCCUGAUGCCGCCUGUCAAUGACACUGCGCGAGCGGAACAGCAAUAUAACUAUUCGCGUACGAUAGAGAUAGAAACAGGCGGGUCAAUGGACGAUAUCCCUCGUGGUACGCGUCUUCGACAAUUUUCAGUCAUGUCAGACCUCAUUUUGGCCUAUUCGCCAUCAGAGUAGUUGAUUGUAGUUAGUAAAGAUGUUAAGUAUAGUUUGACAGCUGAGCUAGAUGGUGCUGUAUGGUUAUCGCAUAAUGUACGAAGCCGUAACGCCAUAUCUGUCAAACUCGAAGCACUAAGUCUAAUACGAGGGCAUUUCCAAAAGUUGUUAGUUGCUCCGGCUCUACUCAUGCGAUUAAAAUUUUAUUUAUACUAUUGUGAGGGAGUUUUCAGCACUUAUUAAAGUGGUGUAAAUACAUUUUUAGAAAACGCUUA